AUGGCACUGUUGAUUAUGUUUAUUAUGUACAUGUGCCGGAUCAAUUUGAGUAUAGCCAUAGUGGCCAUGUCCAAAUUUAAUAACUCAUCAAGCAACAACACCAACAACAAUGAUCAUAGUAGCGAUGCUUGCAAUAUAUUUAAUGAACAUGGUCAUAUUGAUAAUAAUAAUCAACAACAACAACAAAAUCAUCAUGGUGAAUUUGAUUGGUCGGAAUCAACACAGAGUCAAAUAUUGGGCGCAUUUUUCUACGGCUAUCUAGUGUUUCAAAUAGUUGGCGGACGACUGGCCGAACUGUUUGGCGCCAAAUGGUUGUGCGCUGCAGGUAUGGCAGUGUCGCUGAUGAUCAACGCCAUGACACCAUUGAUAGCCCGAACCCAAAUCUAUUGGCUACUAGUGGCCAGUCGUGUAGUGCUCGGUAUGUUUCAGGCAUUUAUACUUCCAUCAUUGUAUGCACUGUGUUCUAAAUGGGCGCCCGAUCACGAGCGCAGUACUUUCCUGGCGGUUACAUGCAUAGGCGGCCAUUUGGGUACAGUUACCACAAAUGCAUUAUCCGGUUAUUUAGCUGAACACGGGUUUGCCGGUGGAUGGCCAUCGAUUUUCUAUGUAUCGGCAAUCAUAUGCAGCGUAUGGCUACUGGUUUGGUCAUUGUUUAUCACUAGCGAACCAACUAGUCAUCCAUGUAUUACUCAGCGAGAGCUUCUGUACAUUGAAUCAAAUAUCGGUGCUAAUGUUUAUGUAGUGUUGACAAUCAGUAUGCUAUUAAGUGGAUUAGUUGCCGAUUUUAUUGAACGCCGAAAAUUAAUUAGUAAAACAUUUUCAAGAAAAUUAUUUGAAUCAUUUGCUACCAUAGGAUCGGCAAUAUGUUUGGCAGCCAUACCAUGGGCUCAAUAUAUGACCAACAAUUUUACGGCCACUGUGUUUGCCAUCGCCAACACCAUAGCGUUUACAUGCGGUUUCAUAACACCGCUGGUCAUCGGCUACAUAGUCGAGGCCAGUCCCGACCAACGACCCCGUCGGCAAUGGAGUUAUAUAUUCUAUAUAUCGGCCGCCAUCAGUGUUUUGGGUGGUAUUGUUUUCCUGGUGUUUGGAUCGGCCGAUCGGCAACCAUGGGAUAGGGAUGAUGUAGUGGUGGUGGUGAUGGACGAUGAGGAGGGGUCAGUAGUAGAGGACAGGGAGGUAGUAGAAGUCAUAGAUAAUAACAAUGUAACCAAACUUUGA